AUGGAGCUUCUGAGGGACAGCGACGAGUGGGCUGACGUGGAGCCAUUACCGCAGGACGACGGUCCGGAUCCUGUCGUGCCGAUCGCGUAUUCGCGCGAGUUCGACGACGCCAUGGGCUUCAUGCGCGCCGUUCUCGCGUCCGGCGAGCGCAGCGCGCGCGUCUUGCGCUUGACGGAGCGCGUUAUCUCCGUCAACGCCGCUAGCUACACCGCCUGGCAGCUCCGACGAGACGUUCUCGCGCAUCUUCUGUCGUUAGCCGAACCGGUUGCCAUGUCAUCGAAGCCCUCGUCCACGUCAGCGGAUGAGAAUCGAGCGGACGAAGGGGAUUGGCUGGUUCAGGAUGAGGUACUUUACGCUGAAAAUGUGACUCUAUCGAAUCCCAAGAAUUAUCAGGUGUGGCACCAUCGCCGCUGGUUGGCUGCUCUUCGCAAACAUAGGGUUACCAGACGCGAGGAACAGAUGGAACAGCAGCAGCAGCAGCAGGAGCAGGAAUGCGCUUCAAGCUCACCGUCCCCGUUACAGCAAGUUUCGUUACGGUCGAUAGCUGAGGUGGCACUGGAGGAAUUUCGUUUUUGCGAGGAAGCGUUGCUGGGAGAUUCAAAGAACUACCACGCGUGGUGCCACAGGCAGUGGGUGGCCAGGGAAUUUGACACGUGGCAUGGUGAGCUGGCGUUCUGUGAGAGGCUGCUGGAUGAUGACGUGCGCAACAACUCAGCAUGGAACCACAGAAUGUUUGUACUGGAGCAUCUUAUAGCGAAGCAGAAGCAGGGAGCAGAACAGGUGGGAGGAGGAGCCAAUCAGGAGAAGGGUUCCGAAAUUAGGGUUACACCAGUAACAGUGGAGGAUGAGGUGGCGUUUGCAGUGACCGCCAUCUGGCUUGCUCCGUCCAAUGAGAGCCCUUGGCGGUAUCUCCAAGGGCUGAUUCGCCUGCAGGAGAAAGAAACAGCAGGUGUGGGUAAGGAAGGUGAUCUGAAGCUUCUUGGAAUCUGCGUGGAUGUGCUGGCAAGUGAACCGGAGUGUGUGCAUGCGUUGGCAACUCUGCUUUCGGCGUGGACCGACUUGUACGGGCUGGCAGCGGGUUCCGUCCUUCCCCCCUCUCGCAUCGCCCUGCCGCCCAACGUCCCUCCCGCGCCGCAUCUGGAGGACUGCGCGGCGCGCACGGCGGAGCGCCUUAAAACGGAGAUGCGCGGACCCAACGGGGAGCCGCCGCGAUGGACGCGCGCGCGGGGCGGGUGCUGGUACCCGCAACCCCCGUGGGUGGGUGUUGGGGGGAGGGGGAAAGAAAGGGGGAGCAUCGCCUCGUUAUUGCCAUCCCCGUUAUUGCCUCUCUCGCUCUCUCAGGUGAGAGGCUCAGAUGCUGCCAACCUGGCAGCGACCCGCCAAGCACAGGCCGACAUCUGGCGACACCAGUUUCCCAACCAAUCACCGUCAGCUGCCACCUCAGCAGCUGCCACCUCAUCAGCUGCCACCUCAGCAGCUGCAGGAUCUCCAUCUCAGUCUGAAUCAAACCCAGUCUCAUCCACGUCAGCCUGCUCCGGGCGGCGGCUCUUCGUCGUGGAUUGGCCGAAGAGGAAGCACGGGAUUGGCUCUCAGCUAAGCAUCAUGAGCGCUUACUUAAGCCUCGCGCUGACUCACAACCGCACGCUCGUUCCCACGCCCGGCACUUACUUAAGAGCCAAUCAUUCUGAGUGUCUAGAGGCUGGGAACUUAAACUCGUUUGACUGUUAUUUCUUCCCAUUGGUUGCGAGGAGCUGCGAGGAGCGAGUGAGGGAGGUGAUGAGGGGAGGAGGGGAGGCUGAACGGGGGGUGGGGAGUGGGGGGCAAAAGACGGGAGAGGGGGAGGGGGAAGGAGCGGCAGGGAAAUUGGAUGGGGCGGAUGGGGAGGAAGGGAGAGAGUGGAAGGGGGCGUGUGCGGAUCACAGCAACGUGCGGGCCUUGCUGGGCUCGGAUCGACCCAUCGUGAGGUUCUGUGGGAACUACCUGCACCUGAAAUACGAGGCCGGCGCUGCCAGGUUGUGGGGGUCGGCAUACCUGAGGCGGCGCAACAGCAUCGAAGUGAGGGGGAGAGUAAAGGCCUCGGUGCCGAGGCUGCAGCAGGUGCACUGGUGGCGUGCCCAAUCGCUGCGCUUCAUGCUGAGGUGGCCAUCGGCGUACCUGUGCCACGUCAGCAACAGGGUGCGGCAGCAGGCGUAUGGGCUCCACGUGGCAGUGCGGAUAGAGGAGGCCAGAGCGGCUCAGAAGAAGAUCCUUAAUUCUCUCGGUGCUGCUGCUGCUACUGGUGCUGGUGAUGCCGCUGCUGAUGCUGCUGCUGUUGGUGUUGAUGGUGGUGAUGCUGCUGCUGCUGAUGCAAAUGCUGUUGAUGAUGAUAACAACGAGGAUGGGGUAAAAGUGGGAAAUGAGAAAGAGGGAGAAGAGGGGGAGGAUGAGGAGGAGGUGUACAGGAGAGUGGGCAGGGAGGUGUAUAUGCCACGGCCGGGGGUGAGUGUGCAUGUGCGGCAGGGGGACAAGCAGAAGGAGAUGAAGCUGAGCUCGUUCCGAGCGUACAUGCUGCAUGUGCAACGACUGAGGCUAAGAGUGCCAGACGUUCAUUAUGUGUGGCUCAGCACUGAGAUGCAGUCGAUAAUUGACGAGUUGGGCAGCUACAGCGAUUGGACCUUCCUGUACAGCAAGAACAGGCCCCAGCUCGGGUCAACCCAGAUGCUGGAGUACGAGAUAGCAGCGGGGCUGGAGCAGCUGGUGGGGGUCAGCUUUGCUAACCGCCUCUCUUCUACUCCCUCCGAUGCUCCCUCACUUUGCCCUUCCCUCUUCUUGCUUUUUCCCUCCCUCUGCUACCCCUCCCAUUCCUCACACCAUCCGUACAGUCGGUAA